CACACGUCAAUAUUCCGCAGCAUGCAUUUGCCUGCCUAAAGUCAUCAUGAUAGAAAGUGCACUCUGUGGCCUUGUCGUCAUCUUUGCGGUUGUUCACGCAAAAACAGCAACUACAAUUGUUUACCCGAGAAUGUUGGAAAGCCGAUCUGAAGAUGAUGUUAAAAUUGUUAGAAUAUCCGAUGAUAUAACGCUUACACUGCGGAAGAGUUCUGUCUUUGCAGAAGAACUUCUGAUUCACAGUACUCGGGACGGGGUACCCAUUGCAUACCACAUGAGGGGGGCUGAAUUGGAGAAAUAUCUUUACCAUGAUGCCGACCAGAUGGCGUCUGUAGAUUUGUCUGAAGAGGCUGGAUUAAGUAUUGAGGGUGUCCUCGGAAGCAAGUUAAGGAUAAAACCCGUGGAAGGAAUGGAGAGGUCCGACGGGGGUCAACUUGCUCACCAGCUGUACGAGGUGGCUUCCACAGAUGGAACAGAUUCCCCACCCAUUGACUAUGCGGUUCCCAAUGUCAGCGCAAGAGCAGUGCCUGAAUCAAGAUUGAUUUUCAAUACCGGACUUCGUAUACCUGUGCUCAUACGUCCAGAAGUACAUGUUGUGGUCGACUACGAAAUCUGCUCGGUUUUGAAGUUUCGCGAGAGCAAAAUUGCCCGGUACCUCGCCGUUAUGGCUAACUCGGCCAAUCUACGCUACCGAAGUAUGGUCCAGCCAAGGGUGCAACUAACCAUUGUUGGUAUCACUGUGACCACAAAGCGUUCAGACGAGUCUUCUUACAUGGUGGAAAUUCCUGGUUAUAAAGCAACAAAGAAUAUUAAUUAUGGACAAACGAUUGAAAAAUUCAAAACCUACGUUGCACAGCAAAGUUAUUUUCAGAGAUCUGACAUUAUAUUUCUGCUUACAGGAAUGAACAUGUCCUACUGGGAAAAAAAUACGUUGAAGCACAGUAUUGGAGGCUUUGCAUACCUCGCUGGUGCUUGUACCCAGUGGAGAGUGGGGAUAACCGAAGAAAGAGUCGGAAGUUAUUACGGCGUAUUCGUCUUCGCACACGAGCUCGCGCACAGUCUUGGGUGCGCACACGACGGAGAUGUUGCCAGUUCUUGGCCUAAUGGACACAUUGGGUCGGCAGACUGCUCAUAUGACAAUGGCUACAUGAUGACUUAUAAGUUCCUGAACCCUAAUAUGUACAAAUUUUCGUCAUGCUGUCAGCGAGAAGUGAUGAAUAUUUACAACCGCCCCGCAUAUGAAUGUUUAAGUGUGAAAAACGCCUUAAAAACAGGACUCCAUUCAAGCAAGCUUCCUGGGGAGGUUUCAAGUCGUGAAACAUACUGUAAAUUGGUUUACAGAAGUUACAGCUAUGUGAAAGCAGAUAAGACGUACAACAUGAGUCGGUGCAUAGUGAGGUGCUUCAUUAACCGUAAUGGAGAUAACAUGCUCAUCGGUGCCGUCGAUGGCGUGCAUUGCGGCCCCAGAAAGGUUUGUGUGCUUGGCAAUUGCACCUCAAAGCCAACUAUUGACAAAGCGGAAUGAUACAUUAGCAAAACCCUCUACGUAAACCUCAUUUAUCAGUAAUUGCAGAAACUAACAUGUCUUUGAGACAACACCAAACCUUCGUGCACUUCUUGAACUCGCCAGCAUGCGCCAAAUGAAAGAUAUGUAUCGGGGAAAUAUUCUGCAAGCUACAUUAUAUAAGAAGCCAAUUUUACUGCGUUUCCAUGAAGGGCUUUAUUCGCUCAGUAAAUUUUU